UUGCGGGCAGGGAGUAUGUGUCUAUUAUCUAUCUCAAAUUAUUUGCCACAUUUGUAUUCCCGAGGCAAAAUAUCAAGUUUUUUCAAUUCAUUUUAUUUACAUAUUGGUAUAGAAAUAAAAAAUAAAAUUUACAUAUAAAAAAACUACAUGAAAAGUUCUUCGAAAUAAGAGGUGUCAAGAAUAUUUUAUUUUAUCAAAUAACCAAUGAAAACGUCGAAAUAAACAAAAGUUCCCGUGAUUAGUGGCAAAUGUUGUGAAUGUGAUACCAGAAUAAGGUAGAAAGGGAUGAUAAAUGUUCCCAAGAAUUGAGAGCUGAAAUCAUCUUAUUGCCAUGAGUGCAACUGAUCAAGCAGAUGGCAUUGUAUUGCCAAACCAUAUUAUUCAUUUGGAGGAUGAACCUAGCCAUCUUCUUGUCCUGGUUCAUGGCAUCUUGGCGAGCACUAGUGACUGGACUUAUGCACAAGCAGAACUGAAGAGACGGCUGGGAAAAAAGUCUCUGAUUUAUGCAAGUUCAUGCAAUGUUUAUAUCAAAACAUUUGCUGGGAUUGAUGGAGCUGGAAAACGACUUGCAGAUGAAGUAAUACUUGUUGUGAAAAGGACAGAGAGCCUAAAGAAGAUUUCUUUUAUUGCACAUUCACUUGGUGGGUUGAUUGCAAGAUAUGCAGUUGCUGUUCUUUUUACAUCAAACGUAUCGAACACUGCAAAUACAAAUUCGGGUUGCUCUUCAAAUAAAGGGUUGAUUGCUGGGCUAGAACCAAUUAAUUUCAUCACCUUGGCUACCCCUCAUCUUGGAGUAAGAGGCAACAAGAAGUUUCCCAUUCUCUUGGGAGUUCCCAUCUUAGAAAAACUUGCUGCACCAAUGGCUGCAUUGUUAACUGGGAAAACUGGUAGGCAGCUCUUCCUCACAGACGGGAAACCAAAUGUGCCUCCGCUCCUCUUAAGAAUGGCAUCAGAUUGUGAAGAAAGGAAAUUUAUAUCUUCACUUGGUGCUUUCAAAUCUCGCUCCGUCUAUGCAAAUGUUUCUUAUGAUUAUCUGGUUGGAUGGCGUACGUCCUCUAUAAGAAGGGACUCGGAGCUUCCCAAGCCACCCAAACAAUCUUUGGAUGGGUACAAGCAUGUUGUAAAUGUUGAAUACUGUCCUCCAAUUUCGUCGGGUGCUCCUCGUUUCCCUCCCGAAGCAGCCAAAGCAAAGGAAGCCGCUCAAAAUGAACAUAAUACUACAUUACAAUACCAUGAAAUCAUGGAAGAGGAAAUGAUAAGGGGAUUGCAACAAAUAGGGUGGGUGAAGGUAGAUGUUAGCUUCCACUCAGCUUUAUGGCCCUUCUUUGCUCAUAACAACAUACAUGUGAAGAAUGAAUGGUUCCAUAAUGCUGGAGCUGGAGUCAUUUCUCAUGUGGCAGACAGCAUCAAGCAACAAGAGAAGCUAUGCGGAUUGAACCCCGCUUUUGUUGUUUCUAGCUUAGCCAAAACCCUAGAGAUUUUCAUCGACUACUGUUCACGAUCGCCCGGCAUGGCGUCCAUCGAUCGUUGCUCAGUUUCAGUCGUUUGUUGUUGUUGCCGGACAACGGAACAGUCGACCGUUGCUCUUGAACGGUCGAGCACGUCGACCGUCUCGUCGGCAGAUUGUGUGAUAGAUGCUGUUGUUGAUUCUUCCGCCACCGCCGUACGCCACUCUGCUACCGCCAUGGCCGAUGAACAACCAAGGAAGAUGUUUUUCUCCCUAUCAUCGUGUGUUUCUAGUAUGAAGCUUUCAGGUGCAUCUAUUGAUACAAGAAGUACAAAUGAGGUUAGCUCUUAUGAUGAAGAUGAAGAAAUGCGGACGGAAGAGCAGAUGGACCGUUCCACGAGGGACGGUGGACCAGAGGAAAGUGGUGGAGCAGACAGGCUACAGACGGUCGACCUGAUGGACCGUUUAGAUGUCCACGGUCGACCGUCCGAGAGGCAGAAUGACGGGUUCCUGGGAGAUGAACAAACGGUCGACUUGGUGGACCGUUCUGAUAUCCACAGUCGGCCGUCCGCGAGGCAGAAUGACGUUUCUUUGGGAGAUGAUCAAACGGUCGACCGUGAAGUGAAAGACGGUCGACCGUCUCCGAGGCAGAAAGUUAGCGAUCUGGAACAGCUUCAGACGGUCGACCUCGUGGAGUACUAGGGACGUAAAUGAAUCGAAUAUUUUUUG